CCCCCUACUCACCACCCCCCGGCACACUGUGUUAUUCAACAAGCACGUUGCGCAAACCAACACUCCCCACAGAAACCCGUUCCGUGGAGGGGAUAAAAGCGUAUUGGAGAAGAAAAAACCCGUUUCGUGUGCCGCAUCCACACAGCACAGCAUUGAACCUGACGGUGGUGAAAAUGUUUGAUUUCCAUUCGUAAAGUUCACUUGCGCGAGAAAGCACGCUGACGUGUUGCGGUCCUGUCAUCUGGUAGCGGCGUUUUUCUCUUUUAUUUUACCCUGCCAGUUAUCGUGUGCUUUGUGUAACCCUUUGCUUAUCGGUGCAUUUAUCGAAUCGCAGUUCGCGAGAUUCGACAGUUUUUGAUAAAAACUUUACUGUGAGUUAAAUCACACUACGCGCGAAGCCUGAUUCAAAAUGACGUCAGCAGGAGAAGUUUUCAUCGUGUCGGCCGCCAGAACCCCGAUCGGUAAUUUCAUGGGUACACUCGCGUCGCUUAGUGCCGCCGAUCUUGGUGCGGUGGCCGUGAAAGAGGUGCUGCAGCGAGCCAGCGUCGAUCCGGCCGAUGUGAGCGAGGUCAUUCUCGGCCAAGCCCUAACGGCCGGCCAGGGACAGAACCCGGCCCGCCAGGCUUCCAUUAAAGCGGGCGUACCGAAGGAAGUCCCAGCGUACAACAUCAACAUGCUGUGCGGCUCCGGUCUGAAAACGGUUGCCCUCGGCUAUCAGGCGAUCCGGGCCGGUGAUGCUACCGUCGUCGUCGCUGGCGGACAAGAGUCCAUGUCCAAGGCACCGCAUGUGAUGCAUAUGCGCAGUGGCACCAAAAUGGGCGAGGCCAAGAUGGUCGAUUCGAUGCUGAACGACGGCCUGACGGAUGCGUUCUACGAUCUGCACAUGGGCAUUACGGCGGAAAAUCUAGCCAAAGAGUUCGACAUUGGCCGAGAGGCGCAGGAUGCAUUCGCCGCCAAGAGCCAACAGCUGGCUGAAGAAUCUCAACAGAAAGGAUACUUUACCGAGGAGAUCGUACCGGUGGAGGUGGCGGGCCGCAAGGAAACGAUCAAGUUUGCGGUGGACGAGUACCCGAAGCAUGGUACCACGGCGGAAGGGCUGGCCAAGCUGCGGCCGUGCUUCAUUAAGGACGGUACCGUUACGCCCGGUAACGCGUCCGGUAUUAACGAUUCUGCCGCCGCCGUUCUGCUGAUGUCCGGCGAGGAGGUUCAAAAGCGAAACGCCAAACCGAUGGCAAAGAUCGUUGCCUACGCGCAAACGGGAAUAUGUCCGAAAACGAUGGGCGCUGGACCGAUCUCGGCCGUACAGUCUGUGCUUCAAAAAGCCGGCUGGAAGCUGGAAGAGGUCGAUCUGUUUGAGCUGAACGAGGCAUUCGCAGCCCAGGCACUGGCCGUCAACAAGGGUCUUGGUGUGGACCCGGCCAAGGUUAACGUUGGCGGAGGUGCCAUCGCUCUCGGACAUCCCAUUGGAGCUUCGGGCUGCCGAGUACUGGUUACGCUUCUCUAUGCACUCAAGCGAACAGGCGGCAAGAAGGGUGUUGCAUCCUUGUGCGUUGGCGGCGGUAUGGGUGUCGCCAUGGCGGUGGAAAUGGUGUGAAGACGCUUUUAUGGAACAGUUUUGUACUUACGCUUACCGAAUGAUAUGUAUUUUUCGUACUCGAUUGUAUUUUUUCUUCUUUCUAUGAAGAGUAUUCAGAGUAAGGCAACUGCUGCCGUACCCUAAAGCAUCAUAAAUCGCAAGUGACGAUGGCAAUAAACGUAUAAUUCUCUUAAAA